CAGCGUCGUCAUGUCGGGGCAGACAGAUGUCGUCAACUCUCUGGUCUCUCAGGUCUGAAGAGGAGGAGGAGGAACCAUCGAAAUCUCAACUCCUGGAACCGACUGAUUGACUGACGGUAGCUGGAUAUUUACUUUACCCAAAGAUGUACGCAGGUCAGGGCAGAAGGACUCACUCUUUUAACGACCUGUCACACUAUUUAGCGGCAGCGCAGUAGCUGAAAGUUGAGUUUUCUCCCUCUGUGUCUCCCGGAGAAGAAGUACAAGGAGCUCCUGAUCCGUUCGAUCCGUGUUGGACUAAACUCCCAACAUCCAUGCUCGGCCCGGCGAGGACGGGAACUACGGGGGAUGUGAUUUUUUCUUGUUGUUCAGUUUUUAAGAGCAGCGACGAGGGGAAAAGCGAGCUCUCUAACUCCCCUCAUGGUUUACAGCUAAAGUCGCGAGGUGUGUUUGAGCCGAAGUUAUGAAAAUGACCGGAGCCAUGGAAACUUCUUUCAAACUGGCUUUGAAGAAACCGCCCUCCCUGCGGACCGCAGAGGACCUCCACUCCAUCUACUGCCACCUCUACCACAUGGACGUCCUCUCUCACCUCAGGGAACAUCAGCUAAGGUCGAUGUGUACCUCGGCGAGGUACGAGAGACUCGAGGCCAACCAUAUCCUGUUCUACCCGGACAGCGUCGCUACCUGUUGGUACAUCCUGCUCUCUGGAUCGGUCUUCGUCAAGGAGCACAUGUACCUGGCAAGAUGUUGCUUUGGCAAGCAGCUCGGGGGCAGGCGAGGCUGUGAAUGCAUCACUUUGGAGCCGUCAGAAAUGAUUGUGGUGGAUAACAGCAGCGAGGGGGACGACAGCUUUCUGCAGAGAGAGGGAUCCCAGCGCAGGUCCAGGCGGCGCUUCAGGAGGGUCAACCCCAGAGGAGAGCGGGAGCUUAUCACUGACGGCCAGGAGCCCACCGGCUACAGCACGCUGCCCGCAGACCUCAAUAAGAUGCAUCUGACAGACCACGCCCACCAGCAGGUGAUGCACAUGCCUCCCAGCCAGUCGGGAUGCAGCAUCGCCAGCGACUCGGGGAGCAGCAGCCUAUCGGAUAUUUAUCAGGCCACAGAGAGCGAGCUGGGAGACGUGGACCUCUCCGGACUUCCGGAGGCUGCGGUGGACAGUGAGGAAGAGGAGGAGGAAGACGAGGACCUGGAGAGAGCUUCGGACACGCUCCUGGGCCGAGAUCUCGUACGAGAGUGUCUGGAAAAGGACCCGGCGGACCGCAACGAUGACGACAUUGAGCAACUACUGGAGUUCAUGCACCAACUGCCCGCCUUUGCCAACAUGACCAUGUCGGUGCGGCGAGACCUGUGCAGCGUCAUGGUGUUCGAGGUGGUGGAGCAGGCCGGCACGGUCAUACUGCACGACAAACAAGAGCUGGACCUGUGGUAUGUUAUUCUGAACGGGGCCGUCGAGAUCAGCCGUGCCGAGGGCAGAAUGGAGAUGCUGUGCAUGGGCAACAGUUUUGGGAUCUCGCCGUCGCUGGAGAAGCAGUACAUGAACGGAGAGGUUCGCACCAAGGGGGACGACUGUCAGUUCGUCUGCAUCGCCCAGGAGGACUACUGGCGCAUCCUCAACCAUGUGGAGAAGAACAUGCACAAGGUGGAGGAGGAGGGAGAGAUCGUGAUGGUGAAGGAGCACCGCGAGCUCGACCGCAGCGGCACCAGGAAGGGACACAUUGUCAUCAAGGGAACCCCGGAGCGUCUGAUCAUGCACCUGGUGGAGGAGCCGUCCGUGGUUGACCCCACGUACAUCGAAGACUUCCUGCUCACCUACAGGACCUUCGUGUCCAAUCCCAUGGAGGUCGGCAAGAAGCUGCUGGAGUGGUUCCAGGUGGACACUCUUCGGGACACGGUAACCAGAAUAGUGCUGCUGUGGGUCAACAACCACUUCAAUGACUUUGAGGGCGACCCGGCCAUGACGCGGUUCUUGGAGGACUUUGAGAAGAAGCUCGAAACAACAAAAAUGAAGGGCCAUUUGCGGCUGCUGAACAUAGCGUGCGCCGCCAAGGCCAAGUGGCGACAGAUCACUCUGCAGAAGGCGUCCCGGGAAUCGGCACUCUUCUUCAGUGUUCAGGGUGGCAGCGAGAGAGGCUUCGGCGUCUUUGUGGAGUCGGUGGAGGAAGGGAGCAAAGCUGCGGAGGCCGGACUCAAGCGGGGAGAUCAGAUCAUGGAGAUCAACGGUCAGAACUUUGAAAACAUUUCUAUCUCGAAAGCUGUCGACAUCCUGAGAACCAACACGCAUCUCUCUCUCACAGUGAAAACCAACAUCUUUGUCUUCAAAGAGCUCCUCAGCAGGAUCAUACAUGAGAAGAAGAACGGCGGCCCUCACAUUCCCAAGAUCCAGGAGAAAAAAGGCAACCGCUUCUCCAUCCCGGACCUUCCUGGAGACAUGGAGUUCUCCACGGACCACAAGAGCACCAGGAAGAUGAAGGCCAACACCGUGUCAGGGGGACGCAACAAGAUCAGGAAGAUGCUGGAGAAGACCCGCUUCAGUAUUCUGCCUCCAAAGCCGUUCAGGGGCCUGUUUGGUGACGGCGGCAUGGGUCAGUCUCAAGACGACAGCAUCGUGGGCACCAAGCAGUGUCGACACAGUGUGGCCAUCAUGCCCAUCCCUGGCAACCUGUCGUCCAGCAGCCCCGACCUGCUGCAGCCGGCCACCAGCGUCCUCGACUUCUCCAACCCUGCAGCCCUGGGACUGUACUACAUCCCCGACCAGGUGAUUCGUGUGUUCAAGGCCGACCAGCAGAGCUGCUACAUCAUCAUCAGUAAGGACACGACGGCCAAGGAUGUAGUCACCCACACCGUCAACGAGUUCGGCCUCAUCGCCGCACCCGAGACUUACUCGCUGUGCGAGGUGUCCGUCAGCCCCGAGGGCGUCAUAAAGCAGCGGCGCCUGCCCGACCAGCUCUCCAAACUGGCCGAUCGAAUCCAGCUCAACGGCAGGUACUACCUGAAGAACAACAUGGAGACGGAGACGCUGUGCUCAGACGAGGACGCACAGGACCUUCUCAGGGAGAGUCAGAUCUCUUUGCUGCAGCUCAGCACCAUGGAGGUGGCAGCGCAGCUCUCCAUGAGAGACUUUGAGCUCUUCAGGAACAUCGAGUCCACAGAAUACGUGGACGACUUAUUCAAGCUGGACUCGUCGGUGGGGAGCGGCAAUCUGAAGCAGUUUGAGGAGGUGAUCAACCAGGAGACCUUCUGGGUCGCCACGGAGAUCCUGAAGGAGCCGAAUGCCCUGAAGAGGAUGAAGACCAUCAAGCACUUCAUUAAGAUCGCCCUGCACUGCAGAGAGUGCAAGAACUUCAACUCCAUGUUCGCUAUCAUCAGCGGCCUGAACUUGGCACCGGUGGCGAGGCUGCGCAGCUCGUGGGAAAAGUUGCCCAGUAAGUACGAGAAGCUGUCCGGGGACCUGCAGGACGUCUUUGACCCGUCCAGGAACAUGGCCAAGUACCGCAACAUCCUGAGCAGCCAGAGCAUGCAGCCUCCCAUCAUCCCGCUGUUCCCCGUGGUCAAGAAGGACCUCACCUUUUUACACGAAGGCAAUGACUCGAAUGUCGACGGUCUGGUGAACUUCGAGAAGCUGAGGAUGAUCGCCAAGGAGAUCCGUCACGUGGUGCGCAUGACGUCUGCGAACAUGGACCCUGCGCUCAUGUUCAGACAGAGGAAGAAGAGGUGGAAGAGUUUAGGGUCUCUGAGUCAGGGCAGCACCAACUCCAACAUGCUGGACGUGCAGGGCGGCGCCCACAAGAAGCGCGUGCGCCGCAGCUCGCUCCUCAACGCCAAGAAGCUGUACGAGGACGCACAGAUGGCCCGGAAGGUGAAGCAGUACCUGUCCAACCUGACGGUGGAGUCGGACGAGGAGAAACAUCAAAUUAUGUCGCUGCAGUGUGAGCCGGCCUACAGCACCUUGUCUAAGAAUUUGAGCGAGAGACGCUCGACCAAGUCAGACAUGUCUCCCGUGUCUCUGCGGUCGGCUUUGCCCUCGGGGAAAACACAAAACAGGGUUUCACAAGUCCUUCAGGUCCAGGUCCCGCUGAACCCACUGAGGAAGAAGAGCACGGCCAAGGACAUAGGCACACCCAACUCAAAUUCCCCUCAGGUGAUAAAGAAGCCUCCCGUGAGCUCGUCAGAGGAGUGGAGCAGCAAGAGACCGUCUGAUGACACCGUCUCCACCAUCUCCUCCCUUCACUCCAGCCCCACAGUCUCGCCUCAGGGUUCGCCGCGCAAAGUGGGAGGCGUGGCCAAGUCCCACAACUCCAGCCACAUGAACUUGUCGGGGUCUUCGUCCUCACUGACCAGCGACGCCAGCACAAAGGCCGGAACCGCCAGCUUGCGCAGCUAUGGCAUAGGUUACGCUCUCCUCCCACCCGGCAAAGCAGACAACCUGUCAGACUCCAGUCACAGCGAGAUCUCGUCCCGCUCUAGUAUCUGUUCCGUCGACUCUGUGGCGGCUCCCGGCCCCGACGACCGGUGUAACAGCAGCAGCAGCAGCAGCAGCAGAGUCUGUUCCACGACUGCUAAUGUUAACGCUGCCACUGCAAACACAGCGGCCGCUCCAGCUGUUGAGAGCACGGCAACAACAACAACAACAACACAUGCCGUGUUCAACACUGAUAACAGCCAGCCCAGCACAAGUUCUUCUUCAUCGGCGCGAGGAUACGUGACACGGGGCUCCACCUUCACCUCCUCCAUCUCGACAGAGGAGCUGACGCCGGACCACACCUCCCUGGACUCGGUGGCCGACAGCGGCCGCGGCAGCUGGACGUCCUGCUCCUCCAACUCCCACGACUCCUUCCAGAGCCUCCCCGUCUCCUCCUGCCGGCCCUGGGACCACGGCAUCCACGGACACCCGCUCUCCCUGCCGCACACGCACCUGGGCGGCUUCAAGCACACGCAGCUCGCCGGGCCGAUAGCGGAGGUCACGGCCGCGGGUCACACGGCGUGGGCGAGUGACGCCGCCGCCACCGCCAAGCAGAACGCCAGAGACUCCGGCUCAGACUUGUCCAAUCAGUCGCGGCAGAGCUGGGCCUCGUCCAGCUCGCUGUCGGACACGUAUGAGGGGAAUUACGGCACGGUAAAGCGGCGGAACACCUCAGAGCGCCCCUCCUCGCCGACCAACGAGGACGGAGGCCAAAGCACAGACCCUGCCUACAAAACCGUGACCUCAAGCACAGAGAAGGGCCUGAUAGUGUAUUGUAUCACCUCCCCCGCCAAGGAUGAGCGUUACCGAGCUCCCCCUCCCACUCCUCCAGGCUACCAGGGUCUGGCUCUGGGGGAUCUGGACCUCACGGACGGUGUAGUAGGUGGUCCAGGAAGUCCUCUGCCCAGACCUCCGCACCUUAAACCUCCAGACUACAGCGUGGCCUUGCAGAGGAGCAAACUUCUGCAGAGUCCCGGAGCGGCCGGCACUCUGGCGGAAGCGCGGAGGCUGGCGGGGAACCAUCACCUGCCCCAUCAAGAGGUGCGGACAGCGGGUUCUACGCAGAGCUACUCCAGACCGGCCAGUAUCUGCCUCCCACCAAAGGAGCUGGCUGACAGUGAGGAUGAUGAACAGGUAUCAGCGGUGUAAAGACGACGGUGCCGUCGCUCUCUCAUCACACAUCUCGUCACUCAUGAAUCAGGUCAUGUUGACCAGGCUUUGGACUGAAAAAAGACAAGACGGCGGCCUGUCGUCACCACGUGUUAGAGCACAUACUCCGAGCCCUGCGGUGACGCCGCCGUGGACCCGAUCCAGUGGCGUCAUAUACGGGAACUCUCUCUCCUCACUCACACACACACACACUCACACACUCACACCAUCGUCUCUUUUAAUGAAACAUUUCACACAACAAAGAAGAAAAGAAAGAUUUUAGAGACUUUUUUUUUUGUAGAAAACUCUUGAAAGGCAGCGUGACGGACUCGCGUCGCGGUAGAUGGACGAAUAAAAGAAGGAAAUGAGCGACAACAAGGAUGCCUCAUGAGAAGAAGUUGGAUAAACCAGACCACCACGUACCUCCACUUUGUGCUCAAAGCUCUCUCUCUCUCU